AGUUUUAAUCUGUAAUACUGCAUUGUAUUUUACAAGCUUAUCAUGUAUUAUGUUUUUAUUGUAAAAUCUUUACCUGAAAGUGGAGUAAAAAGUAUAAUCGUUCACUGUAAAAUGAAGUGUAGUAGAAGUAUAAACUUGCACAAAGUUGAAAUACUUAAGUACUUGAGUAAAUGUAACUUUCCACCACUGUGUGUCUCUGGGACUCAGUAGUGUGUUCAUGUAGCAAUCUUAUUAUACUUGAUGGGUUUUUAUGGCAUCAUAUAUUUGCUAUAAUAGGUUAUUUAUAUAGGGAGGUGUAAGUAUCUGUUUGAGUCACUGUUGACUUUACAGUAAUCUUGAGGCACUUUCUGUUACAUGUGGGUCUCCCACUGUAUGACUGUAAUAUUUUAAUCAAAAUUUUAUGGGUAAUUUAUUGCCCCUACUAGCAUCACUUUUCCAUUAUUAUCCUAUUUUCUCAAAUGCUUCUCCCUUUAAGGCCACAAUCAGCUGCUGAAAGAGAGCAUCGUUGGUAUUGUUCAUCUCUGGUCUCCUCCUUCCUUCCUCCUCCUGUCCCCUCCCUUCACUCACUCCUCCUUCCAUCCGUCCACCCCCUCUCCUCUCCACACACGCAUCCCGAUUUGCGCAUCGCCUCCUCCGGCAUAAUGACCAACGAUUCCCCGGAGGAGGAGACCCGAGCUCCGGGCGGCAGCGGCGGCGGCGGCGGCGGAGGAGGAGUAGGAGGAGGAAGAGUAAUCACCCGAAGAAACCGAGCGGACGACAAUGUCACCAUCCUGACAUCCUCCAUGGAUUUACACAGAGCCAGCCGGAGCCGAGCCAGCAGCAGCAACGAUGCCGCCCCGAGCUUCACAUCCUCCGUGGAUCUGAGCACCUCCUCCCUGGAGCUCAGCAUCCAGACGCGGAUCUUUAAGAUUAUCGUCAUCGGGGACUCCAAUGUGGGGAAGACCUGCCUCACCUUCCGCUUCACCGGCGGGAGCUUCCCCGAUAAGACCGAGGCCACCAUCGGCGUGGACUUCAGGGAGAAGGCGGUGGAGAUUGAAGGGGAGACUAUCAAGGUGCAGGUAUGGGACACAGCAGGACAGGAGCGAUUUCGUAAAUCCAUGGUGGAACACUACUACCGCAAUGUCCACGCAGUGGUCUUUGUGUAUGAUGUCACAAAGAUGGCUUCCUUCCGCAACCUACAGACAUGGAUAGAGGAGUGUAAUGGCCAUCGGGUCUCAGCGUCAGUACCUCGAGUCCUGGUGGGAAACAAGUGUGACCUUGUAGACCAAAUACAGGUGCCCUCCAACAUGGCAUUGAAGUUUGCUGACUCCCACAACAUGCUGCUGUUUGAGACGUCUGCAAAGGACCCAAGGGAGAGUCAGAACGUGGACUCCAUCUUCAUGUCCCUGGCCUGCCGCCUGAAGGCCCAGAAAUCCCUGCUCUACAGAGACGUGGAGAGAGAGGACGGGAGAGUGCGCCUCACACAAGAGACUGAAACAAAGAGUAGUUGUCCUUGUUGAGGAAAAGGAGGAGUGGGAGGCAUAAUGGAAGGGAAGAGAGAAAAGUAACUGUACAUGUCCAGGGAGAGGAGGAGAGGGAUGAUGAGUUUAGGAGGAGGAUAGCGGGGUUGAGAUUAACACUAAGAGCAAUGUAUUUUAAGGAAGAGGAGGAUAGAGCGUGAAGGUGGUAAAGCUCGUUCAUUGGACUGAAACAUCAUCAACAUUCUUGAGGAUUAGGAGGGAGGAAAGAAGAUGGGGAGGAUAGAGAGAAGGAAAGAGAAAAAAGGGACGGAGGAGUGACAUAUUUAUUAACAAUACUGGAAUGAGAUGAUGUUGCCUUUUAGACUGAAAUAGUUCUUCAUUUAAUUCAAACGUAGACACAGACUGAGUAAAUAUACUUUCUGUGGGCUCACACUAGAAGCAUAGUAGUCAUCUGGGGAUCCACAACAAACAGGCUAAAGUGAUUUAAGGCUGGUAUUUCUGGUCUUUAUCACAGUCAUUAACAGCAACAUACUGAGGCAAAAUAUUGGAACUUUUAAAUUACAAUCUCACUUUUUUCCUCCACAAGUCUUGCUGCUUUAUUGUCAUUGAUUUUGACCUUAACACUAGCUUAGAAAGCAGUAUUUCCCAUGUUAUUAUUACUAUUGCCUUAAAAAGCUGCCUCUAUCAUGGUUUUAAUGACCCAGUAGCAUCGGGGCUUAAAGUACUUAAACCACUUUAGAUGAUCUUGGUUUAUACAACCUGUUAUCUUUUUGGGUCAAUCCUUCAUGAGUGCGACAGCUGACUUAAAAUCACUGUGAGAUCACUAAUACAUGGGAAACCUUUGGAAAGACAUGAAUUCACAUCUUAGUCAAUGUGGAUAACAUGGAGGGCAAUUAAAAAUUAAAACAUCCUGAUAGAUGCUAAUAGUAAACAAAAGACUCAAAUUGCUGCCUGGAUGUCAAACCCUUAACUCAGAGAAGUUUCAGCUUUCAGCUGAAAGGACCUACAAGUAGACCUUGACAACUAGGUUUCCUGAAAACCAGAACAUCUAGAGGUUGUCAGGCAGCAUGUCACAUAUUGAUUUAGAGGCUUUAAGAUCCUUUUACCCUUAUGCAGGAGAAAUGCACUCUCCUGCAAAGACAGGCUGUCAUGGCAAGGCUCCUCUAUCUCAUCUAAUCCUGAUGUAAACAUAUCCUCUCCAUGCUUUUUCUAUGGCAGAGUGGCUUAUCCAGCUUUCCCUUUGUGUGCAAAUGCAGAAGGACUUUGAGACAGCCAGUCACCCACAGCAAUUCCAUAUUCUAUAAUGAACAUUUUUCAAGGUAAAGGCCUUUUGUCUGUCUUAGACCAUUUGCUCUCUACAUCAAUAUCACUGCCCCCAGGUCCCCAGAGGGCAAGAGAUGAUAGAAAACUGUGACCCCUGUAGAGAUAAUGGAGAUAUCUUCAUACUGCUACACAGCUUGAGCCAGGAUGUAAUGUAUGAGUGGACUUUUAUGUCCGGCGUCUGUUUAAAAAAGAAUGAGUCCAUGGAUAAUACAGGCUGCAUGAAACACUGUAGAAAGCCAUAUCCAUUAUUUACUGUACACAGUAAUACAGUAUGUUUGACACUGAGAUAGUUCCCAGAGUGGGCUGUGGUUAAAGAAACACACUUUACACAAGUCAGUGUUGGAGCUAUGAGGCCUUUUUGUAACAAGGCUAUUUGAUAUAGCAGCACAAUCUUGAUAUCUUACCCUAAUAAAGUCCAAAUUAAAUACUGUAGCCCACUUUCGAGCAGUGCUAUUAAUAUAUUUAAACGCCAUAUGUAAAGUAAUUCAGAUCAGUGAGCAUUUAAGACCAGAGCUCCCUCCAAGCUGACAGUCUGAUGACCUAAUUAAUUCAUCACAUUGACCAAAUAAAUCUGUGCAAAUCCAAGUGAAAUAUAGAGAGUCAUUGUAUGCACCGUAUCAGGUUUUGUUCUUCGUUAUUCAGAAUUUCUCCUUCACUGCUCUUCGUCAAUUUCAAACAUAUUUGUAUCAAUAGCAGCAGGAUCAAGCAGCCGUUACACGCAAAUAAAAUGAGAUUACUGUAAAAUCCCAGGAAGAGCUUUAUUCAUUCUCAUUGUACAGGACUUGAAAGGGAGAUUUAACCUCCAUACAUGAAACCUAGAGCCAUAGUUUCAAAAAGAGCUGGGCAAAAAACCAACAAGGAUGAUGUUCCAUUUAUUCAUUUUCUAAACUGGUUAUGCUGUUCAGGGUUGAGGGGGGACUGGAACGUAUCCCAGCAUACACUGGGCAAGAGGAAGGGCACACCCUAUCAUGAGGCUACAACUUUUCAUCUGUUUAAGACAAAUACUGUGGCUCUGUCAACAGUUAGGUUGGUAUAAUGGCUAAUUUAAAGGUCCAGUGUGUAGAAUUUAGUUGCAUCUAGCGAACGGACUUAGCAGAAAUGGAAUAUAAUAUUCAUAAGUAUGUUUUAAUUAGUAAAUAGUCCCAUAACCUGCCAUGGGACUCAGCUAAACCGUUAAAUAAGAAUCGUUGUGUUUUCAUUAGCUUAGAAUGAGCCCUGUAUAUCUACAUAGAGAGCGGGUCCUCUUCU